AUGGCCACAUUAUCACCAACAGUUCUAUUCGUUGUCAGUCUGUUGGCAAUAUUGUACCUCUGGCUCCGUAAACGACAAGACUCGAAUUUACCUCCGGGACCGCCUCGUUUGCCCAUUCUCGGCAACUUACACCAGGCUCCCAAAGAAGCAGUUUGGGUUACAUACCAGAGAUGGGUGGAACAGUAUGGUCCUCUUGUGUACCUCAAUUUCGGCGGCACGAAUGUGAUAUUGAUUGGAGACCACGAGGUGGCCAAAGAUCUGCUCGACAAGAAGGCAAUGAUCUACAGUAGUCGGCCACGCAUGGUCAUGGCACAAGAGUUGACGUGCAAGAGCAAGCACAUAAUGUUCAAGCCAUUCGAUGGUGAUUUCCUCUUGCACCAACGACUAGAAGCUCCUGUGCUCAGUCCGCGCGCGUCAGCCUGUUACACGGCAAUCCAGGACCUAGAGAGCAAACAGCUCUUGAAAAACCUUCUUCAAUCAAACGACUUCCCCAAGGAGUUUGAGCGUUUUGCAGCGAGCAUCGUAUAUUCCAUCACUUUCGGUAUGCGCAUCAUCACCGGCGACGAAUGGCAACUCCAGACCAGUCACGAGUGUCUUAAGAACUUCACUAUUGCCGGUCAGGUCGGCGCGUGGAUAGUCGAUCUCUUCCCGUCUCUGAACAGUCUCCCAGCACCAUUGACGCCGUGGAAGAAAACGGCUGAGACGUGGUACGAGAUGUGGGAAAAUCUCCACAUGGCCAACAUGCAAGACGCACUUAAGCGCAAGGGAUGGAACUGGGCCAAGGAAUUCAACAAGUCAAAGGAGGCAACAGAUCUCGCUCCGACAGAGAUAGCAUGGGACCUUGGUAUCCUGUGUGAUGCUGGCGUCGAAACUACACAAGUCCAAUUGCAGAUUUUCAUUUUGGCAUGCGUAGCCUACCCAGAUUGGAUUGCCACCGCGCAGAAAGAGCUCGACGAAGUCGUCGGUACGAAUCGCCUUCCUGGAUUCGAAGAUCUGAGCAACCUGCCCUAUCUUCAGGCCGUGGUAGAGGAAAACUUUAGAUGGCGGCACAUUGUGCCAGCUGGGAUUCCGCAUGCCACGACCCAGGAGGACUUUUACAAAGGCUAUCUGAUACCCAAGGGUUCAGUUGUAGUUCCCGUGUUCGCCGCCAUGCGCCAGAACUCCCGCACAUAUGACUCACCAGAAGUGUUCCGGCCUGAACGAUGGAUCGAAAAGACGCAGCCUGCCAACUUUGGAUACGGCCGGAGAGUUUGCCCUGGACGCUUCAUUGCACGAAACUCUCUAGCCAUAGCGAUGGCAAGGCUGCUUUGGGCGUUCAACAUACGCUCUAAAGAUGGCGCAAGGAUCAACGUAUCGGAAGAAAUGUUUACAACUGGGUUUGUGUCCGGCCCAAAACCAUUUGUUGCUGUCUUUGAGCCGAGGUCAGAGGAGCGCAAGGGUCUCGUUGAAAGAGAAUUCGACCUGGUUGACAAGGACAUAGCGAAUCUUCUAGGUGAGGCCAGAGGGAAACAGAUUGCUGCUGGACUGUCGCCUCAAGGGUAG